AUGCAGUUUGAACGGCAUAAAAGUCUCUACGAGAAUAGCAUGCUCAAACAGGCUGGGAAAAUACUUUCAUGGGACCACACCUUUACAGCGAGUAAACAUAUCGGACUAACUCGAGAGGACGACAGGUUUGUUAACCAAUUUCAAAACGUCUUCUUGGGAUUAAAUGAAAACGGACAGGUUUUGACGUGCAAGUUUACGAAGACCACAGCUGCUUCGGAAAUCAUAGACGCCCUUAAAGAAUUGAAAAACAAAUUCGAAAGGUCGGACACUAACUUUCGACUAACUUGGAAAUGAUUAUUGUUGAUGACUGCUGCCACGUGAAAAACCUGUACGAGUAAACAUUUCCAGAGGUACGAGUACGGUUAGACUUAAUUCACGCUUAAUUGCACGAGAGUGGUACAAACGGUACCCAAAAGUGAAGAUUUUAGUAAACAAUUUGCCGAUGAAUUUUCUCUAAUUUUUCGUCAAAAUGGAGACCUUGGUAGCACAAAGAGCACUCCAUGUCCUGAUGAAAUAGAGUCUAAUCUUGAACGCCUUCUAUUUGUUUGGAGAGUAAACUUUAAAAGGAAACUCUUGACCAAAUUAAAAGCUUACGCAAGCAUAUACGAAAAGGGUGUCUGUCAGAAAUGCCUGCUGGAUGUGGAACCGAGAUGAACGAGCGGCUUCACAGACUCCUUAACAGAUCACUACUGUGCGGAGUAUCAAAAAUCGGACCUGAGUUGGCAGUAGCGGUGAUGGCACCUUCAUUGUAUGCAUGGAAUUGUAAACGAAGAUCCAAAACGUGA